CCCGGGGCGGAGCUGGCGUCGCCCUGCGGGCAGGAGGUCGGCCGCAGCGGAGCAGGACAGGCAGGCAGGCGAGGGGAGCUGCCGAGCAGGAAGACCCACAGGAGGGCGACCCAGCGCGCUGGCAUGUGACCGCAGCCCAAGAAAGAUUCAAGCUCUCCCGUCUUGGCGGACCCCAGCAUCCUCAGAUCCCUGCCCCUGGACACCUGGCCCUACCAAGCCUAGCCAUGGCUCUCUGCCUGAAGCAGGUGUUUGCCAAGGACAAGACGUUCCGGCCGCGAAAGCGCUUUGAGCCAGGCACACAGCGCUUCGAGCUUUAUAAGAAGGCACAGGCAUCACUCAAGUCGGGCCUGGACCUGCGCAGUGUGGUGAGGCUGCCACCUGGCGAGAACAUCGAUGACUGGAUCGCUGUGCACGUGGUGGACUUCUUCAACCGCAUCAACCUCAUCUAUGGCACCAUGGCUGAGCGCUGCAGUGAGUCCAGCUGCCCGGUCAUGGCCGGCGGGCCCCGAUACGAAUACCGCUGGCAGGACGAGCGCCAGUACCGGCGGCCGGCCAAGCUCUCCGCUCCACGCUAUAUGGCAUUACUCAUGGACUGGAUCGAGGGCCUCAUCAAUGAUGAGGAUGUCUUUCCCACGCGUGUUGGUGUUCCCUUCCCCAAGAACUUCCAGCAGGUCUGUACCAAGAUCCUGACCCGCCUCUUCCGAGUCUUUGUCCAUGUCUAUAUCCACCACUUCGACAGCAUCCUCAGCAUGGGGGCAGAAGCACACGUCAACACCUGCUACAAGCACUUCUACUACUUCAUUCGAGAGUUCAGCCUGGUAGACCAGCGGGAGCUGGAGCCACUGAGGGAAAUGACAGAGCGGAUUUGUCACUGAGCCUAGUCCUGGACAUUGUUGCUCAUCAGAUGGACCAUCUGCAACAGCGUGGCUGGGGGAGGGCAUCCUUGGGAGUCUGAUGUUAGAGGAAUCUGAAGGCCCUAGGACCCCUCCACAUACUCAAUACCUGUAGACUUCUGGUUCUCAGAAGUCUGCCUACAUGUCCUCCUCGCUGCUUGUGAAUAGAGAAGGGAGGGCUUCAAGUGGGCAAAUGGAAAGAAAGGAGGAGUCAAACCCCCUGGCAUGAAGUCUGGGAGAAGGGUGGGCUAUCCAGUUUCUUCUCUGACCUUUCCAUAGUGGUUCCUAUUUGGGGAAUGUGGAUGUGACUGUGGCUGAGGUGACAGCAAGAGAGUAAGUGGCCUCUAUGUAAGUUGGAACACAGAUGCCAGUGUGAGUGUGUGUGUGAGAUCUUGACUAUGAGAUGCCUAUCUGUGAGAGAUAGGCCCUCCCUGGCACAUAGUAGGCUCUCCAUAGAUGUUGGGUGAAUGGAGAGAUGAAUGGAUGCAUGAAGAGAUUGGGACCAUUAGACCAUGACCACUGUAGGAGUCUUGACAAGUUGUUAUCCCCUCUCAGGGUAUCUGACCAUGUGUACAAGUGUAGAUGUACCUUUAUGGUGGAAGCUUCCAGGGUACCAUCUUCCAUUAGUAUGAAUCCUGGGGACCUGGGUAGAGAUUGGAAGGGGGAAGCUUACCCUGAGUUCCUUAAUCCUCUGGCCCACCACAGAUGUGGGUUCUGAUUUGCUCGAUCAGGGAUGCCCAUGUCUCCAGAAAGCCCUGAUAAUAGAGUGCCUCCUGGGGUUUGGGAAUGAUCUCUAAUGUUCACAAAGGUCCCCUGGCUUUUAAACCAGGAAUCCUGGACUCCAUUCUAGCUCCCAGAAUAUACAAAACUGACUCUUAGGAUCUGAAACCCAGCACAAAAUAAUCCUCCAGUCCAAGGAUCCAGUGGAUUUGAACUGGGAAAUCUGAAGUCCUCUCUCCCAUCCCAGGACACUGAGGAUCUUAUAGCUGAUGGAGAGACGCCAUCCUGAAAGUACUUGCCUCCUUCCCACCUAUUCCUGAGACAUUCCAGAUGAUUGGAUCUCCAAGCACAGCCAUCCACAGAGAGACUGGGAUGUUCAUUCACUGCUCAAUAACUUCUUGCCCAGCCCUGUGCCCACACAACACAGGUGGGGAAACUAAGGCAGGAACAGGAUUCUGCCCUCCCAAAGCCUCUAUAAUGGGAGGCCAGGAUGGAAUACCAGAGGGACCUGAGAAUAAUCCAGUCUGUCUCUCAUUGUACAAAGGAGGAUACUAAAGCUGGGAGAAGAGGGGAAAACUGUCUUUCACGGACUUGGAUUAAAGAUCAGGGGCUUGCCUCCAAAAUGAGGACCUGAUUGUUACACAGAAAUGCACAUGGAAAAAGGGUUUUACAAACCCUCUUCAGGACACAGCUGUUCCUGCUCUGAGCAAGAAUUUCUAGCCAGAGAGCCCCACCACCCCUUGGGUUGGCUGGGUUGCCUGCUGAGCCAAGCCUCCAAAAUUAUGCCCUUCUUGACAGCCUAGAACUGCCUGCCCAAUGGGGAAACAGAUGGGGCUCUUGGGGCCAGCCAUCUGGGCCUGGGAUUUCUGCCUUUGCUGCCUCCAGAGAAGUUCCCAAGGGAAACAUGCUGGCCUGGCAGCUUUGUCUGCGGCUCUGGAGUGAGGGGAGUAGGAGCUUCCCCCCAGAGUGGACUGCAGCUUACACGGUGGAUUCUAGACUGUGGCAAGGGCUGAUGGCAUAGGGGUCAGGGGGAGGGAAAUCUAUUUUUGUGAAAUAGAAGGGAGACUUUAUUGUUGUUAUUUUUGGUAAAGUAAAAGAGACCAACUAAAGCAUCCACUUGUGGGAAGCUGUGGUCUGGGUGCCACAUGGCUCUUGGCAGACCAUGGAAUGUGCCAGGCCAGAAUGGGGCUGGAAGGGCUUUUUGCCCUCAGAACAUGGGCCAUGUAGUUGGCUGGCUGGUAUGAUCAUGUCUGGUCCAGCUCUCCAGUCCUAAGGUUCUCCCAGGACUCUGAGAAUUCUAGACCCUUGGGAAGCAGAGGGCUGGCCCUUGCCUUUGGAGUACUCAAAUCUGGUGGUGAAAUUUUCUUAGUUUUAGUUCAAGUUACCUGGCAUUGGCUAUAGUUAAGAUCUCACCCCUUCAUAUGGGGGUUAGGAGAACUAACAAAUGAAGGGACAGUGGAUAUAGAGUCCCAACCUUAAUUAUAGGAAAGGAAGCCAUUUCAGAAGGAAGGUGUUUGUUGUUGGCUGGAUCUCAAAGUGGUGGAGGUAGGACAUGGGGCUAACUCCUGAGCUUAUUCCCCAGAAGACAUCUGAAUCUCUUGGCUCAGGUCUUGUUAUCCCACUGACCUUAACCCACAAUCUUUCCAGAUAGGAGUUGAAAAACAGCUUGGUACUUUUUGUUGUUGUUAACCAUCUUAUCCAUUUGGCUUGGUUUUUAUCAAGUCAGCAAAGGCCCACCUAGAGCUCCCCUUCUACGUGCAACAGUGCCAGCCUGGCUUUGUACAGAAGCUUGGAAGUAGAGACCUGGGUUCCAGUCCCAUCCCCCGCCAAAGUUCCAUAUAAGUACCAACCCUCCUUUAAACCUGAAUUCCUCAGCUAUUUCACAUCAGAAGUAGGAGUGAAGGAUUGAUUGAUCUCUAAGCACCUUCAUUAGACAGUCUAUGAAUCCUUCAUAAUAAUAUUAAUAAUAAUAGCUAAUGCUUGCUAUGUUUCAGGUACAGUUGUGAGUGCUUGACAUAUAAUAGCUAGCUAAAGUUUGUCUUUAGCUAGCUGGCUUCUCUUGCAGACUCCAGUAUCCCUUCAUCCUUUCACUGCUCUAGAAUCUGAAAGGCCUACAUUCUUCUGUUCCUUCUUCUGGUGCUCCAGAGGAGGUCCUUAGUCCAGCAUCCUAAGAGGGUGCUGUUUGCACAAAUCCUAUGUCAGAUUGCUCACUACCUCCGCAAUCAUUGGACAUAUCAGGCUGUUAGAAAGUCCAUGCGCUGGGUUCAUGGUCAUUUUGAAAUAGAAUGAAGAUUUAUCUCAGAACUGUGUGGCCCAAGGUUUGCACCAUACAUGGCCUGAGUGACUGUGGACCAACUGGCAAUUAAGACAGCAAGAAGCCAACACAAAAAUUGCUUUGAGAGAUUCAGAGAGGGAUGCUUAGAGGAGAGAGAAAGAAAGAGAAAGAACUGGGGCUUAGUGACUUGAGAAAAGAGCCUCUCCUCAGCAAUAGGGCAAAACCUAGCAGAACAGAGACUUAAGAGAAGCAAAGCAUUAGAGGUAGAGUAACAGGGGCUGGGGUUGUGGCUCAGCAGUAGAGUGCUCCCCUAGCAUGUGUGAGACCCUGGGUUUUAUCCUCAGUACCACAUAAAAAUAAAUAAGUAAAAUAAAGGUGUUGUGUCCAACUACAACUAAAAAUUAAAAAAAAAAAAAAAAAAGAGGUAAAGUAGUAGAUUGGUUGGGAAGCCUAGGCUGGACUUUGUUUUCCUGUUGGAUCAAGAUCCAUAAUCAUCUUGGGAACAGGGAACACGGGAGUAAGCCAUCUUCUUCACCCUGGGACCCAGCAUCCCACUGGUGAGGAUGCCCCACCAACCUUGGCUCCCAUGAACACUACAGCCUCUUUUAAGUGCACUUCUGCCACUCUAUGCAGGGAGCUGUUGAAUAUGUGGUGAAAUGAACCCACAAACAUGGCUGGAGUUCCAGCUGCCUUGGAGGAGCCCCCUUCCUCAGAGCCCCUCAGCACCCUCAUCCAAUAUUAACUAAACUUGUUUGCCAUGUUGGGGCAUAGCAACUUUGAGAAUAUGGAUCACAACAUAGGCCUGAGCGACUCUGGACCAACUGGCAAUUAAGACAGUAAGGAGAACAGGCCAGCAAGACUCUUGAGGACUUAAAGUUUUGAUGGUGGGCCUGAAAGGUGAUGCGUGGGAGAGGCUGGGAUACCCAGGAGCUUUCAGGUUGGACUGAGGGAUUCUAGCAGGACCCAAUACAGAAGCUUGGGAGAAGAUUCUAUGUCCCCAGUUUUCACCCAGAUUGGAAAAUUUAGCAAAAUCUUAAUGUUCCCCACCUCCUUCCAUCAUUCAGGUGAGAAAACCUGCCCAAGAAGGGGAAAGGAAACAAAUGUUGGGGUGGGGGGCGUGAAUGAUGGACAGUCCAAGAACUCUUUUUUUUUUUUUUUGGUGGUGUUGGGGAUUAAACCCAGGGCCUUGUGCAUGCAAAGCAAGCACUCUACCAACCAAACUAUAUCCCGAACCCCCAGGAAGCUCUUUCAGUAGCAUUGCUCACCAGACCUUCACUACAAGCUGAGUCAGGCAGGGAAGGGAUGUAUACUUCCAUCUUACAAAGAAGGAAACACUGAGCGUCAGAACCUGAAUUAAAUCCAAGUAAACACUGUCCUCUCAUGGCACCUGCAGCCUAGGGAAGUGUCGUGGCAAGGUUGGUUGCGGCAUUAAUCCUUUUACAGCUGUUUUUCUAUAAGAAACAAACUUUUUAGAAUUUUGUUUUUAAAAAAUAUGCUUUAGUUGUAGAUGAACAUAAUACUUUAUUAUUUUUUAAUGUGGUGCUGAGGAUCAAAUCCAGUGCCUCACAUGUACUAGGCAAGUGUUCUACCACUAAGCCACAACCCCAGCUCCCUUGUUUUUUUACUAAUGGAGGUAA